GACAAUCUCUGCAAAUUCAACAUGGACGCCGCAGAGGCGUCAGUGUCCCUGGCACCGGAGGCGAACUGCAAGGAACUCUGCCGCAUCCCCGCCGUUGGAGAUGUCUGGGUAAAUGGCCUUUCGAAUGAGUACGACACGUCGACAUUCCCUCCCGAAAUCGAAGUGUACAUGAGCAAAGAGGACUUUGACAAAGCUUUGGAAACGAUAAAUCAAGCGCUCCACGACUUGUGGCCGUGCGUGCCAUGUUGGUCCACGAGCUAUGGCUGCUGCAUCUGCACGCUGGGUUUGUCGCUCUACUGUGCAUGGGGGCAAGUCAGCGAGGCGGAGAAGUGCGCGGCGCGGCAGAUCGCACGAGUGAACCGACGGCCAUGUUUUCGCGACCGCCACAUCACGUGGCAGCUGGAAAAGUCGUGGCUCAAGCACACGAGCUGGCUCGUAAUAACCAUCGUCGAGUAAUUUACAUAGAUAUCGCAUUCAAUCGUCAAGGCUGGUGCUUUAUCGUG